AGACUCGCAAUGCAAUUUACAAUUUUGCUUCCACCCAGCAAAUAAGCCAAGCCAUAUCACGUUUCAAUCCAUUGAAUUUCAUCACCAACACCAACAGCUCAAAUUUGCCUGACAUUUAUAGAAUUAAUCACAGCAUUCAAGCUUCGAAUUUAUACCCCCAUUUGAUUGCCUUAAUAUGUAAAGUAUAAUAUGCCAUGGGUACAUAGAAAUCAGAACCAGAGAAUCAGAGAGGUUGUUUUGUUUGUUUGAUCUUUGGGGGGUGUAUUGACAACUGGGUCGGAUUCAAAUCUCUUGAUCUUCAAUCCGAUGGCCGGCGCCGCCUCGGCGCUUUUUCUGCUCGACAUCAAAGGACGAGUUUUGAUUUGGCGCGACUACCGUGGCGAUGUCCCUGCUGCUCAGGCCGAACGCUUCUUCACCAAGUUCAUCGAAAAAGAGGGCGAUCCGCAAUCCCAAGAUCCAGUGGUGUACGACAAUGGAGUCAGCUACAUGUUCAUACAACACAACAAUAUCUACUUGAUGAUUGCGUCGAGGCAGAACUGCAAUGCUGCUAGCUUGCUGCUGUUUCUGCACCGCGUAAUCGAUGUUUUUAAGCAUUAUUUUGAAGAGCUAGAAGAGGAAUCGCUAAGAGACAACUUUGUCGUAGUGUACGAGUUACUUGAUGAAAUUAUGGACUUUGGCUUCCCGCAAUUCACUGAAGCGAAGAUUCUUAGUGAAUUUAUCAAGACCGAUGCUUACAGGAUGGAGGUGACACAACGUCCUCCCAUGGCCGUUACAAAUGCAGUGUCUUGGCGCAGUGAAGGGAUACGGUACAAGAAGAACGAAGUCUUUUUGGAUGUGGUGGAAAGUGUCAACAUACUUGUCAACAGCAUCGGGCAAAUAAUACGGUCAGAUGUCGUUGGGGCCCUAAAGAUGAGAACAUAUUUGAGUGGUAUGCCCGAGUGUAAGCUUGGACUAAAUGAUAGAGUGCUGCUAGAAGCGCAAGGUCAAACAUCGAAAGGAAAAUCCAUUGAUCUGGAUGACAUUAAGUUCCAUCAGUGUGUGCGUUUGUCUCGAUUUGAGAAUGACCGGACUAUAUCGUUCAUCCCCCCUGAUGGAGCAUUUGAUCUGAUGACAUACAGACUCAGUACUCAGGUGAAGCCUCUUAUCUGGGUGGAAGCACAAGUUGAAAAUCAUUCUAGAUGUCGUAUUGAAUUCACGGUAAAAGCAAGGAGCCAGUAUAAGGAUCGCAGCACGGCCACAAAUGUCGAAAUUGAGUUGCCUGUGCCCGCUGAUGCUACAAACCCUAAUGUCCGGACAUCAAUAGGAUCUGCUGCAUAUGCUCCUGAAAGAGAUGCUUUGGUCUGGAAAAUUAAGUCUUUUCCUGGUAAUAAGGAAUACAUGUUGAGAUCGGAGUUUACACUUCCUAGUAUAACCGCUGAAGAAGCGGUUCCCGAAAGAAGAGCUCCUAUUCGGGUGAAGUUUGAGAUACCGUAUUUUACUGUCUCCGGAAUUCAGGUCCGAUACCUAAAAAUCAUUGAGAAAAGUGGGUACCAGGCUCUUCCAUGGGUGAGAUACAUAACAAUGGCUGGCGAAUACGAACUGAGACUAACGUAAAGGCAUACGUAUCUUGCUGCUUUCAAUCGCGUAAAUAGAAUACAUUCGUGCAGAGAGUUUUCUUUCGAUACUUUCGCUGUUACCAGUAGAGUCUCGUCUCCGGUGAUCUUUCUUCCAAAGGACACCCUACAAGUUUCUUCAAUCAAUUUGUGUGUUUUGUCUAUCUUUUUUGUUAUGAUCAAUAGGAGAUUUUGUUUCAAACCCACAAGUAGGAGAUUGUACGUCGUGGCGAAUAGUUGUGUUUUUGACUCGGUAAUUUUAUUGUUGUCAUGCUCGAAAUAUAGCAAUGAUCAAUGCUUUCGAAUUAUACAUGAAAA